UCAAAGAAACUCAAUUCUCAUUUGAUCAUUUGGUUACACAUUAUAAUAUCAGAUUUGAGGACUCGCGAUAAUCGUUGCAUACAUAUCGGAUCUCCGCUUUUCCUACUACAUACGAUGGUGAGCUGUGAUUUUAUCAACUUUUUUGUAUUUUUCCACACCGGAACUUCGAGCUGCAUGGCGCUCCAGGGUGCCUUCGAUUCGACUCGUUUAUUGGAUCCCGCGUUCGAACCGCUCCAUAGGAAGUGAAUUAUAGCGUCUUAAUAUUUUGAUUCGGGAUAGACAUUCUUUUGUUUCUGACCGUUGGUUUUCUCAUUUGUUAGCGUCUCUGAUACAAUUAUUCACCUUCAUUCUGGGUUUAGUGCGUAUUAGUGAUCAAGUAAGGGCGAAACUUUUAUUAUUUGAGCACUUGCUCAGCAAUUAGGAUGCCGAGGUGUGAUUUUGUCAUAAAUACGAUCUCGUUACAGUACGAUUGAUGUACUGAUUUCUAUUUGAUUUAGAGGUGCAAUACUUAUUCUUGUAUUAUUACGCAUUACAGAGCUCAGGUCCUCCAACACUGCGAUUGCGUAUACGAAUCCGAGCAACCAAUGCUUUUCGAAUGUACAAUAUCAGCAAAUAUAUCCCAAAACUACUCCCUGUUCACCAGGCUCAGGAAAGAUCCAUCCUGUUCACAUCCGGGUAACAUCCAAGACCUGGGAACUAGAAUCAGGAAAGAAAUUGGUGAGUCCAGAAUUUCAGUGUCUUCCGGCUUAUUAUCUCUGAAUCCCUCGAUUGAUAUCAUCUGUAUAUUUGGAAUCUGCUAUAUUAACAAUGUUAAAAUUCUCUGUUACAGAUGGUAUUCCUGCAUACAAUGCAGUCUCCUCGCCCGUUUGAUCAUCGACUAUCGAUACGAAGUGCAACAUCUCUCAUCAUUCUUCGUGGGAGUAUUCCAUCGAAUUCUCAUCGCACCACACUUACUACAUUCAACCUACAGCGGUUCAACCAACUACACAGCUGUAGCCAUCAGGGAGGCAGAGACGUCCGGGUAAAAUCCAAGACCCCCGAGACCUGGGAACCGGCUCGGGUCCGGUGUUGGUACUGGCAACGAUGGUGAGCGCAGUCAAAGUUCCUCGACUUCUUUGCCAGCUCACGCGAUGGUGAACGCUGGCAUCAGGUCGUUGUAUUCUUUUAUUUCCCAAGUUCCAUCCCUUUUUGUUACAUGGCGUGGCGGUACCCUGAAUUUCAAUAUUAUUAGGUCAGGUAAUUGUAGGGUUGGUUGUUGUUGAGCAUAGCGCACCUGCACCCUGUAACGUCAAAUAUAAAAAAACUCUUCCUUAGAAUCAAUCAGUGAAAAAAUCAAUGAAUGAUUCAGUCAGUCCGUCAGUCAGUUAGUUUAUUAAUCAAUCAAUCAGUUAUUCGAGCAAUCAGUCAAUCAUUAGUUCAAGUCUGAACUAUUCAAAUGAAUCACAAUCACAUCUUUGAUAAAUUUAAGUGCAAGAGUGUGCAGCUCAUAGGCAACGGUCAAGACCGUCGUUCAAUCGACUCACGCGUUUUCCGAUUUUUAUAUAAUUUUCGGUGAUCGAUUUCGUUUGCGUCGAUCACUGAUCGGUCAUAAAAAUUUUGUCGUACGAAUGAUGGUCCUUGCCCAUAGGUUCAGCUUUUUCAGGUACAUCAGGAAUUGAAUUGGAUAGCUUUCGCGAAAAGUUAAAAGUCAUGUAGUCUCAAUUUAAUGGUCAGCCAUCAGCUGAACCAAUUUCGAAUUUGAUUUCUAUAUCUUUUACCUAUUUGCUUGCUUGAGAUUUCGAAUCAUUUAACUCAUUUUGAAAAAAAUUGCAACCCGUCUUUAGGUACCGAUAAGUAAAUUCACUAGAACUAUAACAGGAUGUCUAAUCAAAUUUUCUUCCCUUACACACAAUUUUGAGCCCUUAACUUUUUCUUGCUUAAUGAUAUUUUUCAAUCAAUUUUAUCGAAUUCGUCAAUAUAUCGAAUAAUUUCAGUUGUCAAGAGUAAAUUUACUAAAUUCAUUCAAAGAUCAUCAAUGUUUUUCUAAGUUUCGGCGUGAUAACAAACACACCUUUUCACAAAAUUUAAAUAAAUUACGGCUUCGGCCGGGGCCUGGGCAGCCUUUAGAUUCCCAUACACACAACAGGUUCACAGUAAGUUCUUGAACGAGAUACCACGGCAAUGAAUGUGAGAUAUGAGUGAGAUGGAAUGUUUUUGGUACACUUUGAAAAUGAUUUUUUAAAUAUUUUUUUUCUCCAGAGUAAUUUGCCAAAAAUGGCAAAACGAAUGUGAAGCGAAUGUCUGGGUGCGCCGGCGCAAGUACGAAUCGGGGUUUUCGUCAGUAAAAUCAUUUCUUGGAUAAAUAUAGGUGAAAGGCAGGUAUAGGUAAAUUCAUGUACCGCGAAGGGUUUUCAUUUCGCAUGAUGUGGAGUGUGUGUGUGCGAGUGUGCAAGGCAUUAUAGUUUUAACCGUUGGGUGGGAUGUGGGCUCAACAAAAUGGGUAGGCAAGAAAUCGGAAGUGCAACUUUUCUUUCCACAGCAAUUCCAAGUGAUCAAUUGAGUAGAGAUUAUCAAAUUGCGUUAUCUAAUUCUCUUCAAUCUUUUGCUCGAUAUUUUUCUAAUAAUUCUGUGCAUAUGGUCUUUUAGAUCUUUUUGCUGAGAUCUGAUAGAUCAUUCUUAUUUCAAUACUUCACAAACCCAAUCACACAAAUUGAAUUAAUUGUUUCUGCUUCCCUGUAAUAUUUGUGGUCACUUGGAAUGGGCAAAAUACGUCCGCCCUGCUCUCCGUACCAGCCGUGGUGCAUGGAAGUGAGGUGGACGUUGAGCUCGAAGACUUCGCGUCGAAGAGGAUCGCCGACCGCCACGCCACAAAUCCUUUGUAAACCUCUCUCCUCUCCUUCCCUUCUGCAAAUUUGAAUAGAAGAGUGCGAUUAAAAAUUGCAUUUCUUCGAUUCUUAUAAGCAGAAAUACUCCAAGUCUGACGCUGCUCGCGCGGGUAUACAGCGCGCGGACAAGGAAUCCCAUGUUAUUUGUUAUUUUUAAAACAAUAACGAGCGUGACUUGCCAUCUUGCAAGGCGCUCUAAAAACUUGUCUUUGGAGAUUUUCUUUCAGGAAUUUAGAGUGAAAUAAAAACCCGAGUUCCGUCGCCGCUGCUCGUAUGCGCGCGGACUUGGCGCUUAAAACAUGCAUUGCAACGCUUCAUGCGUUUUAAACUCAAAAACCGAAACAUUGUAAGGAACCAAGUACUAUCGCACCUUUUUGUGCGUGGUACUUGACUUCCACGGGAUUAUUUGUACAAAAACUAAUCCAAAUUUUACCUUUCAGAUUAAUAUUUCCCUACUGUUAAUACUAAUAAACUUUCUUGCAGGUCCUAAUCAUUAGUUUUUAUUUUCAGCAUUAAUGCUCAUUUGAAUUUUCUUACAGAUGAUAGGGUUUAAUCUUUAGUUUUAUCGCUAAUCAGAUGUUGUUCACAGGCUGUCCCUGGCUACUAAUAUGCAGUUUGGUUUCUGAUUUCAGGUAUUCAAACUCCCGAACAACUCUCAGGAUUCUUGCGGAUUCUCUUCAGUCUCGUUACUAAUCAGAUGUUGUUCACAGGCUGUCCCUGGCUACUAAUAUGCAGUUUGCUUUUUGAUUUCAGGAAUUCAAACUCCCGAACAACUCUCAGGAUUCUUGCGGAUUCUCUCCAGUCUUGUUACUAAUCAAUUGUUGUUCACAGGCUGUCCCUGGCUACUAAUAUGCAGUUUGUUUUCUGAUUUCAGAAAUUCAAACUCCCGAACAUCUCUCCAGACUCUUGUGGAUUCUCCUUAGUUUUGUUACUCAUCAGAUAUUAUUCACAGGCUGUCUCUGGCUACUAACACAAUUCAUUUUAUGUUCUAGCUAUUAGCACGCUGCAUAUCUUGUAUAUUAAUGUUCAAAUUUUGAAAUUUCAGAUUGGUCCUCACUUCAUCGAAAUGUUGAUCUUAUAACCCCAGUAAAAACUUGAGUAACAUGCAAAAUUUCUUUUCUAGGAACGGAAAAAAUACGUCUUUAACCGCAGAUCAUGAUCUGUACAUUUUGGCAACCAAAAUCAUUUUUGUUAACAUUGCUUGUUUUUUUUCUUUGCAGAAAUCCAAUCUGAUUCAUCAAUGAUGUGUUUAUCACUUUUUUAUAUGUUUCAAGAUUCAUGUUUUGUGAAUUUAUCGACAAUUGUGGUUCUUAUUUGCAGAAAUUCCAUGUAAUUCAAUAAUGAUAGGUUGAUCACAUGUUCCUAUGUUCCAGUUUUCUA